AGGCCUUCCCUACCUCCUGGCCCCAGCAGAUAAAGGCGGCCCCGCCCGCCAGCCGCGAGCUCCUAGGCAUCCCUCCGCGCCCCGCCCGCCAUGUCCCGCCGCUGCGCGCUGCUCACCUGGGCCCUCCUCGGCCUCGGCCUCGGCCUUGGGGCGCCUGGAGAAGAAGCCCCAGGCUCCUGCUGCCCCAUAGUGCCCCGGAGGGAAUGGAAGGCCCCGGUGUCCAAGUGCGGGGAGAAACUACAACACCCCGUGCGCUACGUGGUGGUGUCGCACACCGGGGGCAGCCACUGCGACAGCCCGGCCUCGUGCCUGAAGCAGGUGCAGAACCUGCAUAGCUACCAUUCGAGGACGCUGAACUGGUGUGACGUGGGCUACAACUUCCUGAUUGGAGAAGAUGGGCUCGUGUACGAGGGCCGGGGCUGGGACAUCAAGGGCGACCACACGGGUGUCACCUGGAACCCCAUGUCCAUUGGCAUCUCCUUCAUGGGUAACUAUAUGGAGCGGUCACCCCCACCCCGGGCCCUCAGGGCCGCCCAGAGUCUGCUGGCUUGUGGUGUGGCUCAGGGAGCCCUGAGCCCCACAUACGAGGUGAAAGGACACCGGGAUGUGCAGCGGACGCUCUCUCCAGGGGACCAACUCUAUGAAAUCAUCCGGACUUGGCCGCACUACCACGAGUGAGGCCCCGUCUCCCCCUACACCCAGAAACCCCACCGCUUCUCCCCUCCAAUAAAGAUGCAGCUCAAACUGUG